AUGGGGUUGCUCUCCGGUCUCCUCGACCAGGCUUCGGUCUACCUCGAGGGCCAGAAUCUCUGGGUCGUCGGUCCUGCUGCCUUCGGUGCCUUCGUCGUUCUCUCCGUCGUCAUCAAUGUCCUGAAUCAACUGUUGUUCAAAGAUCCAAAUCAGCCACCUGUUGUUUUCCACUGGUUUCCAUUCCUCGGAUCGACUGUUGUUUACGGUAUGGAACCUUACAAGUUCUUCAACAAAUGUCAGGAACAGUAUGGCGAUGUUUUCACAUUCAUCCUGCUCGGCCGCAAGAUGACCGUCACCCUCGGCCCCAAGGGCAAUGAAUUCGUUUUCAACGGCAAGCACGCUGAUCUCUGCGCCGAAGAAGCCUACACCCAUCUCACCACCCCAGUUUUCGGCUCCGGUGUCGUCUACGACUGCCCAAAUCACAUGCUUAUGGAGCAGAAGAAGUUCAUGAAAUUCGGUCUUACCACGGAAACGUUCAAGGCCUAUGUCCCACUCAUCAAGGACGAAGUCGUCAACUACUUCCAAACCAGUCCAUUCUUUAGCGGUCAAUCCGGCAAGGUUCCAUUGUCUACUGCUAUCCCACAGCUUACACUGUUCACUGCUUCUCGUUCCCUCCAGGGACGUGAAGUCCGUGAGGCUUUGACAACUACCCACGCUGCUCUCUUCCAUGAUUUGGAUAUGGGUUUCACCCCUGUAAACUUCAUGUUCCCAUGGCUUCCUCUCCCACACAAUGCAAAGCGCGAUAAAGCCCAGAAGGCAAUGGCCAAGCUCUACCUCGAUAUCAUCUCCCGUCGCAAGUCCGGUGAAGACUCCAAGAAGGAAAUCGACAUGAUCUGGAACCUUAUGAACCGUAGCUACAAGUCCGGAGAGACCCUGUCGGAUCUACACAUUGCACACUGCAUGAUUGCACUCCUCAUGGCUGGUCAACAUACUUCUAUGGCUACUACCACCUGGACUUUACUCCACCUUGCUGCCAAGCCUGAGAUCCAGAAGGCCUUGUACGACGAACAGGUCAAAGUCUUCGGAAAGGACCUCGCUCCAUUGACCUAUGAAAAGCUUUCAGAGCUCCAGAUGGUUAACAACGUCGUUAAGGAAAUCCUCCGGGUCCACCCACCAUUGCACUCCAUCAUGCGAAAAGUCAAGUCUCCACUCCACGUUCCAGAUACCAACUUUGUCAUCCCAUCGUCUCACUUUGUAAUGGCCGCCCCCGGUGUUUCUGCCAUGGAUGAGAAGUACUUCAAGAACGCUAAGGAAUUCGAUCCAUUCCGAUGGGUUGGUCACGAGGCUGAUGAGGAUAAUGCUGAGAAAUUCGAUUUUGGAUUCGGUCUUGUUAGCAAGGGUACUGCAUCGCCUUAUCUACCAUUCGGAGCCGGAAGACAUAGGUGCAUUGGAGAACAGUUUGCGAAUGUACAGUUGGGAACUAUUAUUUCUACCCUUGUUCGAGAGUUUGAGUUCUCUUUGCCACCGGGACAGAAGGAUGUUCCGUUGGUUGAUUAUAAUUCCAUGGUUGCUUUAGCUAUGGCUCCAGCUAUGGUUCACUGGAAGAGACGUCCAGGAUCGAAUCAUUAA